AUGACAUCCCCUUCCGAGUUCCACGGCUGGCUAGGCCAUGAUAAGAAUGCUGCGCAGGGCAACAUGACCUGGUCGUCCUUCAAACCCAAGCCGUUCAACGAUAUAGACAUCGAUAUCAAAGUCUCCCAUUGUGGUAUCUGCGGAACCGACAUACACACUCUGCGAUCUGGCUGGGGCGCGACACACUAUCCCGUAUGCGUCGGUCAUGAAAUCGUAGGAAAUGUUGUACGAGUGGGAGACAAAGUGAAGAACCUGAACUUGGGCGACAGGGUUGGUGUAGGCGCGCAAGCUUUCAGUUGCUUGAAGGACGACUGCGAGGAAUGUAGCGCAGGCAUCGAACAGCAUUGUACCAAGAUGGUUGGCACAUACAACGCCAAGUACCCGGAUGGAAGCUGGAGCAUGGGUGGAUAUGCAGACUAUGUUCGCGUCCCAGCGCAUUUCGCCAUUAAAAUACCAGCUGGGAUAAAGAGCGAAGAUGCAGCGCCCAUGAUGUGCGGCGGCAUUACAGUCUAUGCGCCGCUGAAGAACAACGGCGCAGGCCCUGGGAAAAAGGUAGGAAUUGUAGGCCUAGGAGGCUUGGGACAUUUUGGCGUCUUGUUUGCGAAAGCUUUAGGCUGCGAAAAGGUCGUAGCGAUAAGCCGACGAAGGAACAAAGUCGACGAUGCAAAGGCCAUGGGCGCAACAGACUAUAUUGCCACGUCUGAAGACGAGAAGUGGGCGCGCAACCAUAGCCGAACCCUAGACCUCAUCAUUAGUACGGUAUCCUCUCCAGACAUGCCUCUUGAGUCAUACCUUCGCCUUCUUCGCACGGGUGGAUCCUUCAUACAAGUCGGCGCGCCCGAGGACAAACUCCCUCAAAUCGCUGCAUUUGGUCUCAUUGGUAAAGGGUGCAAGAUUGGAGGUAGCCAGAUCGGCAGCCCCAAAGAAAUAGAGGAGAUGUUAAAAUUCGCUGCUGACAAGGGGGUUAAGCCAUGGGUGCAAAAGCGCAACAUGAAGGACGCGAAUAAGAGUGUGGUUGACAUGGAGGAGGGGCAUGCGCGUUAUCGUUAUGUUCUCGUGAAUGCCGAUCAUGGAGACAGGGCGAAGAUGUGA